CAUAUUUACGGAGCUCUGCUGGGAUGUAUGAUUUGUUGAAGAGUUCUUUUCCUCUAUUAUCUUUUUUUUUAAGUGGGCCGUCUGUACUGCUUUACCUCGUUAUCAUUUCUCGGUUGGGUUUCUGGGAGGGAUAUGCAUACCACUAGGAGGACAUGUCAGCACGGUUCAAAGCUACAUGAAACCUUUUCUCAUUUUUUUCUUUCACUUUCUUCACCCUAUUCUUUUUUUUUUUUACCAAUUCCUUUCUCCCUUGUACUUCUGUUGGACAUUUGCGUCACUCCGGUUCUGGUGGCCUGUAACGAUAAGUAUAAAAAAUACGGGGGUAUAAUGAGGUUUUGUUUUACUUUGCAUUUUCAAUGGCAUUUGGGAGUUUGAUCCGAUCGACAUGGAGUAGUGAAUGUGCAAAUCCAUUGUAAUUGAU